UCCUCUAAAAACUACGUUAUCUUUCUUUUUAAAAAAGCACUCACUCCCAGCUGGUCCAAAGCAAACUCUCAAAAACACAAGGCCAAAGUCAAAUGACUCUCUCAAAACUCGAACAACCAUCACCGCCACAAGAACCACCGUCGCCAUCCCACUAUUACACUGCUUUAUCACCUCAACCUCCUGAUAAAAACCACGUCGUUUUGCCCUACUACUCCACGAGAGGACGGCUCCGCUGGUAUGGCUGUCGGAGACUAUGCACCGGCACCGCUUCCUUGGUCUUGUUGGUUACCUUGGUGUACAUUUUCUGGCCCUCCGAUCCAACCAUUAAAAUCGUAAGGAUGCAUGUGAACCACAUGAAAAUCCAUACCGUACCCAUCAUAUCGUUGGAUGUAUCCAUGCUGAUUACGUUGAAAGUGAGGAAUUCCGACGUGUACUCCAUGGACGUCACCAGCUUGGACGUUGCCGUCGGGUACAGAGGGAAGAUGCUGGGACACGUGACGUGGGAGCAUGGUCAUGUGAGGGCGAUGGGGUCUUCUUAUGUGGAGGCGCGGCUUGAGCUUAAAGGGGUUGAGGUGUUGUCGGAUGUUUUGUAUUUGCUGGAGGAUUUUGCCAAAGGAACUGUCCCGUUUGAUGCUGUUACGGAAGUCACCGGCUCUCUCGGUCUGUCAUUAUUUAAGUUCCCUUUGAAGGCAAAGGUCUUGUGCGAGAUCGUGGUACGCAGAAUUAAUCAGACUGUUAUUCGUCAAAACUGCUACCCUCAGAAAUGAAGCUUGGAAGCGAUGAUGCUGGAAACGAACUCAAAUGCAUUGGGUUGAGUUGGAUUGGAUCGCGAGAGACGUGUGAAAGCUGAAUGAUUCACGAGUGUCCCAGAACCAUAUUUGUAUGUACAUCUUGAAACAAGUUUUUGUGCAGCAUUUCGUGAUAUUAAGUAAUAUAGACGAAUAUGUGUAUAAAAAUGGAUUCUCCGAUAUGUAUAAAAUGUAGAUUUUCACUGAA